AUGGAAGCUGUCGAAUUGAAAUCCGCUGUCGAAGGAAUAGCUGCCUCCGAACAAGGAGCUGCUUCUGGAGAAAAGUUGUCUGAAGGAAAAUCACUGUCAAAGGAUCAUCUGCUUCCAAAGCCACUAUCAGAGGGAAGAUUGCGUCCGGAGGAAAAACCGCUACCGAAGGAGGAACUACUUCCUCAGGGAAAGCCACUACUAGAGGGAAAAUUACUUCUGGAGGGAAAGUUGCUGCCGGCAUGGAGGUUUCUACCAACUUUCGGAGGGAAUACCGUUGCCGGAGGGGAGGUUUCUACUAGAGGUGUAGUCGCUAGCGAAAGAGAAACUAAUUCCGUAGGGAAAGCCACUACUGGAGGGGAGGUUUCUGCCAAAAGGAAGCCAUUGCCGAAAGAGAAACUAUUUUCAGAGGAAAAGUCACUGCCGAAGGGGAAACUACUUCCGAAGAGAAAGUCGCUGCCGGAGAAGAAACUACUUCCGGAGGGAAAAUCGAUGCCGGAGAAGAAACUACUUCUAGAGGAAAAGUCACUGUUGGAGGGAAAACUACUUCCGGAGAGAAAGUCGCUGCCGGAGAAGAAACUACUUCCGGAGGAAAAGUCACUAUCGGAGGAGAGACUUCUGCCAGUCUAA